UUCUUGCAGGACCUGCAGCAGUCACGGCCUGCAUAUAUGGCCACAAUGCCAUAUGAUGUGCGCGAGGCUCAUGAACGGUUCCCACCCAUUGACCAGCCCUGUAAGCUGAAGACCAACACCCUGACUGAAACCAAGGACUAUUGUGUCAGCGAACUAGUACCUCCUGCGGACAGAUUCCCACAGCGUGCACUGAAACUCAGCAGAGCUGAUUAUCAAUGUUUUAAAGAUCUGGCCCUAAGUAGGGAGGAGCGCCAGACCAAUGCAGCAGCAUUCAAAGCUGAGAGGAAAGCCAAGACGGCUGCUAUGGCCCUGCGCAGACAGGCCUCGGAGAAGCUGAUUCCACAACACAGCAAGCAAAGCGACCAGGAUGAGGCACAGGAACAAACCAGCCCCCAUGUACAGCAGGGCAACAGGAUGCACCUGGAGGAGGAAGAGGACGAGAUUAAGGUUAAGGAGAAGAUGAUUGUGGAUGCCAGGUACCAUGUUGUCCUGGACGCCCAGAACUUAAAGAAGAAGCAGAUGGAGAAAGAGAUCAAACAGGAGGAGAAGUGCCUGGACCAGAGUAUGGAAGAGGAGUACCAGAAAGCUGUGAAUGUGCGAGAAGAGCUAAAGCAGACGAGGGAGCAGGAGUUGAUCAGGGAGAGGCUCCAGAUCAAGGAGCGAAAAAAGAGUAAUAAGGAGAGGAAGAGACAGAAAAAAGAAAGGGAACGCCUGGCAGAGGAUAGCUGCAUUAACAAGAAAACGAUGAAAUCCAAGGAGCAGAAGCUGGAGCAGGGGGGGCUGGUUGACCAGCACAUCCUUCACUGCCAGAAGCAGAAAAUGGUGCAGGAAGCAGGGUUGGAGGCACAGCAAGAGAUGGUCCAGCUGAGGGGCCUGCAGGAGAGGACCCAGGACCUCCAGGCUGACAAGGACAAGCAGAGCGACCAGGAGGAGGUGCAGGAACAAACUAAUCCUGAAGUCCAGCGGGCCAGCAGGAUGCACAUGGAGGGUGACAAGAUCAAGGACAUGGAGAAGUUGGCUGUGGAUGCCACGUGCCACGCUGCCCAGGAUGCCCAGUUUUCAGAGAUGAAGCAGGUGGAGAUAGACCCCAAACAGGAGGAGAUGUGCCUGGACCAGAAUAUGGAAGUGAAGUGCCAGAACGCCAUGCAGAUGCAGGAAGAGCUGGAGCAGGAGAGGCAGCCAGAGGUGAUCCGGGGGAGCCAGAUCAAGAAGCAAGGAAAGAAUAACAUGGAGGAGAGGAAGAGACGUCAAAAAGAAAGGGAUGCCCUCGAGGAGAGUUUCUCUAUACUCAGGAAUAUGCUGAAAUACAAGAAGCAGAAACUGGAGCAAGGAAGGCUGUAUGACCAGUGCAUCCUGGACUACCAGAAACAGACAAUGAUACGCCUCCAGGGACAGGCACAGGAAGCAGAGUUUGAGGCGCUGCAGGAGGACGCCUAUCAUGAGAAGCAGGUGGAGAUGGCCCAGCUGAGGGGCCUGCAGGAGAGGACCCAGGACCUCCAGACUGACAAGGACAUGCUCUGGGCCAUGUGGAAGCAGGAGGCCAAGGAGCAGGAGUGGUGGCAUAGGGACUUGCUGGCAAAAAAUGAAAAAUUGAUGAAGAUAAUGGAGCUCCAGGUCAUGCUGCAGCAGAGCCGCAUGGAGUAUAUGGCCCACAAGCUGCUGAUGCAGGCGAAGCGGGACCGCAGCCAUUUUGAAGAGUUUUUCAGGUAAGGCAAGGCAUGGUCCAGCCCCUGAGCAACAGCGGGGUCCCAGGCAGUGGAGAGUGUGUACCUACAGCGGCACCAGGCUGGGCUGAAUCAGGCCUGCCCAGUGCAGCUCCUGCCAAGCCUGGGUGGCAGGAGCUGCAGUGGAGAUGACCCAGCUGGGGCAGACAUAGGACCCUGUGUCUGUGGGAGGGGACAGAGCAUCCCCUGGCAAGAAGGUCAGGCCCUGCCAGCCUGCUGUGGGGAGGACAGGCACUGCCUGUGCACAGGGCUGGGCUGGACUUUGUUACCGGUGCUGGUGUCUCCCCGAGGGUGGAGCGAGAGGAGAGGGAAGCGAAGCGAGCGGAGUAUGGUGAAGCGGUGCAAUGCCAGAUGCAGGAGCACCAGGCGCAGCUGGUGCAGGAGCAGGCCGCCUGCUUCGAGGAUGAGAAGCACUUACAAAAGGAGAUACAGUGGCAUGCAGACCGCAUUGGUGAGCUGAAGAAGAAAAGGAUGGAGGAGCUGCAGUGAAGGUGGGGGCUGCACAGGGAUGGACCAUGGGAGCUGGGAGUGGUGCUGGUCUCAGGAUGAUGCCCACCAGCAUCCGGCACAACUUGUGCUGUCUCUUCCUUCCCUCCCUCUUCACCCUGUCCUGGGGCAGGCUGAGCCCCUGAGACUUGCCGGGUGGUACAGGAGCGGGGCUGGGGCCCAGGCUGCUAGCUCAGGACAAGCCUGCUGCAGCAGGUCUGGCCACAGGAGUGCGGGGAGGAGGUCACUUUGCCACGUGCUGCCCUGAGCUGCCCUUCCUGUCGCCCGGUCUAAGCCUCCUCCUGCCCUGCGCGCUCCCGUGCUCCCCAGCGGAUGGAUCUCCCUGUGGGAGCAAAGCAAAACAAGAGUCCCUCCAGCUGGACUCAGCCAUUGCCUGUUGUUACCAAUCAGCACUGCUCCUGUGGGGCUGAGGUGCCAGAUAUGCGCUCCCGUGCUCCCCAGUGGCUGGAUCUCCCUGUGGGAGCAAAGCCAGACCAGAGUCCCUCCAGCUGGAUUCAGCCAUUGCCUGUUCUUACUAGUCAGCCCUGCUCCCGUGGGGCUGAGGUGCCAGAUGUGCUGCUGGGCCCCUCGGGGCUGGCUCCGGGCCCUGGCACAGCUGGAGACCCCAUGGCAGGUGGCCCUGGAGCAGACUAUUUUUUUUUUCCUGUUACCAAAGUCACUGGCCUGCCUGAGAUUUACCAUGUUGGCGUGGAGCACAAGGCGUUCAAGCCAGGCCCCAAGGGGCCCAUUCACUGACUCGCUUGCCCUGGGGACUUCCACAGGGCCUUUCACGUGUGGCCUCCUCCGGCUUCCCCCCUGUAAAUAUUUUAGGUUUAGACAUAAUA